UGUUUGCUGCACAAGAUCGGGCCAGAAAGCGACCGUGUCUGGGUGGAUGUAUUCUGCCCGCUUUGGGUGGAUGUAUUCUGCCCGCUUUGCUCGCUUGUUGGCGGCAGAAGCGCUCGGAGUCAUGGUGAAGAGAAAGAAGACGUCGCCCACUUCCGAAGAGCAGGAAAAUGGCAUGACACCGGGCUCCAGGGAGGACAUCGCCGUGGACGGCAGGACACAUCCGUCUAGAAGAGCCGAGGAGGAGAGCGAGGAUUGCGGCACAAAGGGAGACGAAGCCUCGGCUAAACUCAGCCCCGCUUCGAAGUCUCCACCCGGACCCGCUCCCACCCGCCCAGCCCCAGUCCCAGUCCCUGUCCCAGUCCCUGUCCCGGCCUUAGCGGAGUCCAGCACGCCGAGCCACGACCAGCACCAUUUCCUCCGCUCCAGCGUUCGACCUCCCAGCAAAAGGAUCCGGAAGGAUUCCGUGGGCUCGGCCAUCAACGGCCAUGGCGGGGCCAAAGCAAAAGGAGCAGAGAACGGGUCUUCCUCCCAAGGGGCAUUGGGACAGUCCGGACCGGUGGCCAGCUCUACGGGGGUGUCCAAGACCGCCAAGGGGCAAGGGUCUGUUGAGAAGGAGGAGCAAGCUGGGAACCAGAAGAGGGCCCGUCGGCAGUGGGAGUCUUGGAGCGCGGAGGACAAAAACAGCUUCUUCGAGGGGCUCUAUGAGCAUGGCAAGGAUUUUGAGGCUAUCCAGAACAACAUUGCAAUGAAGUACAGGAAAAGAGGAAAGCCGGCCAACAUGGUGAAGAACAAGGAACAAGUCCGCCACUUCUACUACCGCACCUGGCACAAGAUCUCCAAGCACAUCGACUUCGCCAAUGUGUACACCCGAGUGCUGAAGAAGUCCUCCCAGGAGCUGUAUGGGCUCAUCUGCUAUGCCGAGCUACGCAAGAAAGUUGGAGGACUCAUGGAUGACAAGAAUGUGGCCAAGCUGAAUGAACUCAUCCAGCAAGGGGCCACCACUGUGCGCUCCAAAGGCAGGAACCUGCGUAUCAAAGCCCCCAUGUGCCGUGCCUUGAAGAAACUUUGUGACCCAGACGGAGUAAGUGACGAGGAGGACCAGAAGCCGGUGCGCUUACCACUGAAGGUGGCGGUGGAGCUUCAGCCGCGCAGCAACUACUCCUGGGCCCGCGUUCACAGUCUAGCGUACAACCCUCGCCUCAGGAUGGUGGUGGAACUUCACAGGAAGGUUUCCAGCCUCAUUGAAUUCCUGAAACAGAAGUGGGCCUAUCAUGACCAGAGGAUUAUGAAGAGUCUGCUAGAAAGGGAAGCUUUGGGGGAGGCUCCGCCCCCUCCAGACGAACUCUUUCUUUUCCCGGCUGAGAGCAGCACCCUGACCACGCUACCCGGGGUUUCCCGCGUGGUUCACUCCAAGGCCUCUUGCACGGUUCACUGGCAAGAAAGCGGCAAGACGCGGCCCAACGCCAAGGAGCUACCCACCGCUCAGAUCCUGGGCAUCCACACGGCCGCGCCGCCACGGACCGGCGCCAAAUCGGCACGAGGAACCCCAGGUUCAGUCUCGGUGACCCCGCAGAACGACUGUCGUAAAACCGAGCCCCCCGGCGUUGAAACGUGGUCUGACGGUUCUGUUAAGGCGGAGGAGAAGAAGCCUUCCACUCUGUCGCCUUCUCAGCAGGCGGCCAUUCCCAGAGAGGAGGCGAGCGGACUUUUUGAGGAGGCCGGUGGUGGCCUGGCUGGGACCAAAACCAUGGAUAACUUGUGUAGCGGUGCAGAGAGCUGCCUGGACCAAUGCAGGGAGGAGCAGGUCUCCUCCGGCCAAACUCCUCCAGCCAAGCUCUCCAUGGGCGGCCCAGAGGACGCCAAGGAGAGAAGUGUGCAGCAGAUCAGGGAGGAUGGCUGGAACGUCCGUGACGCAGAGAACGUGACGCUGGCAGAGCUCUACCUGAUGUUCGGCAAGCCUGGCAAGCUGCAGCUGGAGUACGAGUGGCAGUCACUCGCACAUCCUCACCAAGACGGAGCAGUGUCCUCGCAGCCCAGACUACGCGGGAAACAACGUGUCUUAAGCUGCCUGCUGAGACUGGUCACCAGCGAGAUCAACCCCAAACCUUUGGCUCCAGAGCUGUGCUCCACAGGCACGUGUCCUCAGGAGGAGCACAGCCCUCCAGGAAAAGGCCCCACGGCAGGCGUGCGCAGCCCCAACUACGGCCGGCUGCAGGCAUCUGUCCGAGGGGGCAGGUUACACCAGCCAAACACCUCAGGUGCACGGAACCUUCCCCGCUCCCUGCUCUGCUCCUCGGCAGCGGCCAGCGACUCGGAAGGCAACGUGUUUGCAGUGCCCACCACCCUCCCCCCCAACAGUUCCCGCCACAACCGCAUGUUCUCCCCCAACAAGGAGGCGGAGCUGGCCUUGAGGCAGCAGCUGGACUCCAUCAGUAUGCAGUCUGAUCUUUUCCUGUCAAGACCAAGAAAACCUCGAAACAGACAACUCCGGAAGCCACUUGUCGUUCAGCGAACUCUUCUACCGCGAACCACAGGAGACACUCCUCAGCACGUCUGCUCCUUCUCCAUCCUCUCCAACUCCUCUGCCACAGGAACUGGCUCUUUCCGGCCAAUUCAGACGCGGCUGGCUCCUACCUCACGCCCUCCACCGUCCAUAUCUUCUUCUCCUGCAGGGACCAGCCAGCUGUCCAGUGCUAUCGACCUGGCAGCUAAGACGGCUGGCAUCAUCCCUGCCAGUCCUUGUCGGGGGCCACAUUCUCCCACGCCCAUCCCUGCCAGUCCUUGUCGGGGGCCACAUUCUCCCACGCCCAUCCCUGCCAGUCCUUGUCGGGGGCCACAUUCUCCCACGCCCAUCCCUGCCAGUCCUUGUCGGGGGCCACAUUCUCCCACGCCCAUCCCUGCCAGUCCUUGUCGGGGGCCACAUUCUCCCACGCCCAUCCCUGCCAGUCCUUGUCGGGGGCCACAUUCUCCCACGCCCAUGCUGCCCUCUGCACAGCUGCUGGAUGCUGAACAACACCUGCAGCACCACCUGCCGGAG